AUGACGCCGACGCAGCGGCAACAGACAACGGCAUGCGCCUUGAUUCAACUUGACGCCGGAAAAUCUAAGCGUCACCAACAACUCUAUUUUCAGACGCAGCGUCUCCUUUUCUGGAUUUCUGGGAAGCUUUCGAUUUGCCACGUGCUACCGUCGUGUUCUAGAUGUUUCAGCACAUGGAAUAGUAGGCACGGACGAGAUAAGGAAAAAAAUGAGACAAUUACAAAGCUUCCGCUGAACCUUCCGAGUCAGUUUCAGUGUCCACGAAAUCCAGCGACGACACCGGAGCAGUUGUGUUCACUGCUCCUCCCGGUUUCAAGCCUCCCGAGCCCGAAACGCUUCGCCGUUAAACCCGGAAAACUCUUCGAUGUCUUGGGUGCAGCCAUCGGUUUGUUUUCCGAUUCGGCACUGGGGUUUUCGUUUCUGGGAAAAUUUUGGACGGUUACUCUGACGCCUGCAGCCGUUGAAGCAAUCGCAGAGAGCUUCGGUGAAUGGGUUGCAGCGACGGAGGGUAACGGAAACGGCGUCAUUAGGGUUUCUCUCGGUCGUGACCCACGUGUCUCCGGCGGGAAGCUGAACACGGCCGUGUUUGCCGGUUUAUCUCGUGCAGGCUGUUUAGCUUUUGACAUGGGUUUAGCUACUACUCCUGCUUGCUUCAUGAGCACGUUACUCUCUCCUUUCGAAUACGACGCUUCAAUUAUGAUGACGGCGUCUCAUUUACCGUACACAAGAAACGGUCUCAAGUUCUUUACCAAGAGAGGAGGAUUAGCGUCUCCUGGAGUGGAGAAGAUUUGCGAUUUAGCUGCACGGAAGUACGCAAACAGACAGACUAAAGUCUCUACAUUGAUAAGAACUCGACCACAGCAAGUCGAUUUCAUGAGCGCUUGCUCUAGCACCUUAGGGAUAUCCUUAAAGAGAGAAUCAAUCACCAUGAGCAUUACGACACUCCUCUGAAAGGAUUUCAGGCAAGAGUCUAGCUUUAUAAUCCCUUUAUGUCUUGAGUGUUACAAUACAAAAUGUUGGCGGUUUUUGUGGUUGGUGUACUGGUUAGAUAGUAGUGAAUGCUGGUAAUGGGUCAGGAGGGUUCUUUACUUGGGACGUUCUUGACAAGUUAGGAGCCGAUACGUUCGGUUCGCUAUAUCUCAACCCGGAGGGGAUGUUCCCGAACCACAUCCCUAAUCCGGAAGACAAAACCGCAAUGUCACGCACCCGAGCCGCGGUUCUUGAGAACUCAGCGGAUCUUCGUGUCGUGUUUGACACGGAUGUUGACAGGAGCGGAGUGGUCGAUAGCAGAGGAAACCCUAUAAACGGAGAUAAGCUCAUUGCGCUUAUGUCAGCGAUUUGCCCUAGGGCUCCCAAUAUCAUUGGGCCGGGGCUGCUGAUGUUAUCUGUUAAUUAGUUAAUGUGUAAUACUGUUUUUAAAGUAUGGAUAUAGGAAGUACAAUUGUGACGGACGCAAGAACGAGUAUGGGGCUAACAAGGUUUAUAAUGGAGAGAGGAGGGAGGCAUUGUUUGUACAGAGUAGGGUAUAGAAACGUGAUAGACAAGGGAGUAGAGCUGAACAGAGACGGCAUCGAGAGUCAUCUCAUGGUGGAAACUUCAGGUCAUGGUGCUGUUAAAGAGAAUCACUUCUUGGAUGAUGGUGCAUACAUGGUGGUGAAGAUCAUAAUCGAAAUGGUGAGAAUGAGACUCGCGGGAUCUAAAGAAGGUAUCGGUGGUUUGAUCGAAGAUCUUGAGGAGCCGUUAGAAGCGGUUGAGCUGCGGAUGAAUAUUUUGUCAAAGCCAAGAGAUGCCAAAGCAAAAGGCAUUGAAGCCAUUGAGACAUUCAGGCAAUACGUAGAGGUAUAAUUAGCCAUGUAACUAAAUAAUCGAUUGGUUCUGAUUGUAGAUGUAGACUUAAGAAUUAUUAUAAG